UGAUUUCGCGCGAGGCGAAAGUCAACGGUAGUCCAGUCUUUUUCAAAGUGGACGGCUAAACCUGUGCGGACUUCAAUUCCAUGCUGGCUAGGGAAUUCUGGGAACUGACGUCCACACAUCUUAAAGUUGUUCAGUUUGAAAAACACUGUGGUAGUCCGUGAACUCCGCGGGGAAGAGCCAAAAGAGAGGUGGGGUGUUUGGGAAAUCACGUUUGUAGGAGCGGUUGCCAAGGAAAAGCGGAAUGAAUGCCACUCGGAUCUUGUCCCACCCGGACUUUUUCAGAAUGGAACAUCGGCCUCUUCCGGUUUGGAUCACGGAGAUACGAAAUGCUUUGGAAUAACUGUCAGUCCCAGUUUCCGGCAUAGGCGAGGAGACGCUGAUUUGGCGGGCGAAAAGAAAAUAUCAGGGAAACAUUUCUGUCAUGGCGCUGGGGAGGACGGCAGCGAGAUGCUGGCUUCGGAGCGGCUCUUUCCUGGAGUCACGUUUCUUUUGCGAGGCUCCAAGAAUGAAAUCCGGAUGUCGCCGUCAGCUUUCUUCAGGACACGGAGGAAAAUGGCGAGGAGAGGUGUUUGAAAAAUCCAGAAUUUUCAGAAGAGGGUUUACAUUCUCAACAUUGUCUUACUUGGGAUAUAAUGCUUAUCUAGUAAUCUCUCAAUCUGCUAUGGUUCAUGCUGAUGUCAAAGAUGAUGAAGUCAUAGAUCAAGCAGACUAUCUCUAUAGAAGCGGAGAAACCGAAAAACUUUAUCAGCUGUUGAUUGAAUACAAGAACAGUGAAAAUGGACAAUUGUUGUGGCGUCUGGCACGAGCAUUACAUGACCUUGCUCAGCUAAGUCAUAUUUCAACGGAAAAAAAGAGGCAGCUGGCUUAUGAAGCCCUUGAUUAUGCAAAGAAGGCACUUGAGAAAGACGCAGCUUGUUAUUGUGUACACAAGUGGUAUGCAAUAAGUCUCAGUGAUGUGGGAGAUUAUGAAGGAAUAAAUAAGAAAAUUGCCAGUGCUUUUGUUAUUAAGGAACACUUUCAGAAAGCAAUUGAUCUGAAUCCAAAGGAUGCUACUUCACUUCAUCUUAUGGGUAUUUGGUGUUACACAUUUGCUGAUAUGCCAUGGUAUCAGAGGAACAUAGCUGCUGUUUUAUUCUCAACACCACCCAGCUCUACCUAUGAAGAGGCAUUACGCUACUUUCAAAAGGCUGAAAAUGUUGAGCCAAAUUUCUAUAGUAAAAACUUGCUGUUCUUGGGAAAGACAUACAUGAAGUUAAAUAAUAAAAAGAUGGCCCUUCUGUGGUUAACAAAAGCUAAAGAUCGGUUACCACAUACAGAGGAGGACAAGCAGGUACAAAAAGAAGCUUUGGGACUACUAAAUUCUAUAUGACAUGAUUACUCAAAAUGUAUGAACUGAUGAACUAAGUAACUGACCAGAAAGCUAAAAGGUUAUACUGGAUUCCAGCUGGUAUAUGCUUUAUGAGAAUGUUUAAAGAAGAAGAAAUUUAGAGAAGAAGAAACCCCUAGCUGUGUCUUUUAUGUUGCAGAUUGUUAGUUACUGCUUGCUACCACCUAUCUCCCAGAGGGAUGCCUUAUCUUGCAUCCUUCUCAUAAUCCUAGCAUGUGAGAGAGAGAGGGAGCCUCUAUAGCAUCUGUUGCUUUUCUGGCAAAUUAAAAAGAAAAAAUGAAGAAAACAAUUAAACGACCACCUCCUGGCCAUAUAGUGACUGGGAAAAUAGCCCCUCUCUACUUUCUCCUUUGUGGGAAGGUAAACCAGUCUCAUAACUGUUAAGCAGAAACUGUCUUUGUUAAAACAAGGAAAAGAAUUGGGGAAAUGUCUUUUACCUUCAAGCAGUUACAUGUGAAAUUCUGCUAAAGAAAUAAAAAUAUAGGACUGCUCAAAUCACAGACAGCAUCUUAGGAAACAUUCCAGUAAUAUACAAAAAGAUAAGGCUCAGCAGUUCUUAUUUAGAAGCAACUCCUAUCACAAGCAAAAGAAAUUAAACUUAACACUGCUCUUAGCUAACUUUUCCCUAUUCUUCUAGAAAAUACUUUGGUAUUGCUUCUGUGCCAGUUUGUUACCUGAGAAAUCCUUCCUGCAAAUUCUAACUUUAUUUAAAAGUUGGAGGAGCAUCUGAGUUCUUUCUUUGUUUCCACUUCUGCUCUCCAUUUUAGCACACAGGUUCUUGUUUGUCUCCCUCCUGCUGGAGAACUGUGUGCAAUUGCCAAAGGAAUAAAUGCUUUUCCUCUUGGAGAAUGAGGGGUUAGAAAAUUAUGUGAACCUUUUGACAUGGUAAAGCUUGAUUCCAUUUUUAGUCAAGUUUCAAAUGGUUCCAAAACAUAUUUGGAAGAUGUUGGUGCAUAGUUUAUUAUUCACAGGAAGCCUUAUUUUUUCAAAAUAUUUCAAAGAGUUUCAUGAAUGCAAGACAGCAGCAAAACCAUUUAAACAACUGCUCAUUAAAACCAGCAAGGUACACUUUGGUUGUCCCAUUUAUUAACAUCUUUAUUGGACAUCAGUUACCUUUCUUUCUUUCAUCCAUCCAUCCAUCCAUCCAUCCAUCCAUCCAUCCAUCCAUCCAUCCAUCCAUCCAGCUGCCUUGAGGAAGUCAAGGCACCUUUUUGAGCCUGUGUGUGUGUUGAUGAUAGAGAAAUAGAAAGAUAGAGUUAGAUAGAUAUGCACAAAAACAUACAGAGACACAAUUCAUGGGAAUCUGAGUCCAUUCUCCAUUUUCCACACAAAUUCUAAUGAGUAAUGAUGUUCAUUUGAGUAAGAGUGCACUUACACUUUCUGUCUUAAAUACUGAAGUCUUUUCUCAAAAUAACCCAUCAAGGAUAUAGACAAACUGAAGCUAAUCCGGUGGAGGAUAAGAAAGAUUCAGAUAUGGAAGAGAUCUUGUUUGAGAUCUUCCUAUAGAGGUUGAAUGCCCAUCUAUUUGGAUUUCCUGAUUGAACUUGAUUGAUUUUAAUAGUUCAUUGUGAUGGAAGGAGUCCUUUCAUAUACUGCAUAACAUUUUCUGGAAAUAGUUGCAAAAUAGCUGCUGUCAUGAUAGGCAUUGCUAGCCAUUUAUUAGAAACCCAACUGUUGGGUUGUUCCCACAACCCUUCAGUCUCUCUAGUAUUCGCCAUCCCAGCUUAUCUUUUUCAUCAGGCAGAUGAGUAUAUUUUCCUAUAGUACAAAACAUUUCAUGUACCUAUCCAAAAUUAUACAAUAGUUUGAGGGGAUUAAGAUUCAAGAAAUCAUGAGGGAAUAAAGCAGACCAAAGGGUGCUAGCAGACUUUUUUCUUGUAUAUCAAGAAAUAUAUAUUUGCUAUCAGUCACUGAGCAAACAAAAGCCUCUUGAGAAUUUCUUGAAUUUCUCAGCAAGUGUGUUAUAGGAUGAAGGAUUCUGAGAUGCUAACUCUAAAGUCCCCCAAAGGAACUGUGUACAAAUGGACCUAAGCAAAACAGUUUUCAGAAUGAGGGAGUGCAACCCAAGGUAUCUCAAGAGAUGAGUAGGGAGCAUCUGGCUAUCAUGAAUAAGCCUCCAGGACAGGACCAUUCAUUCAUUCAAUCAUUCAAUCAAAUUUAUAUGCUGCCCAACUUACUGUAUAAGUGACUGUAGGUGGCUUACAAAUAAAGUGAUAAAAAACAAUAGAAGUCUACAAAAAUAUACAAAGUUAAAAGAGAGAGCAUCCUCAAACCACCAACCACCCCAGUGCUGUGAGCCUCCAUUAGAUCCCCAUGCUAAUUGGCAGAGCUAGGUCUCUUCUGGAAGGCCAGAAGAGUGGGGGCCAAUCUCACCUCAGGGGGCAAGAUGUUCUACAGGAGAGGGGUAACAGCAGGAAAGGCUCUUCUCCUAGACCCCGCCAGUUGGAAUUCUUUAGCCAACAGGGUCUGUAGACCCUUCCUGCCAGACCAGGUGGGACGGGCUGAUGUGACCAGGAUGAAACAGUUCCUCAGGUAACCUGAACCCAUGCC